AUGAACAUCUCGUACUUCUCUCAGCUCAUACGAAUCGCUCGAAGAAUGAACAAGCUAUUGCUGGUGCUUACAUUCAUCUUAUUUCUUGAUUCCACGUCUGCUCAAUGUCCCUGGGGAUAUUCCUCUCUAAACGGAGAAACUAGAUGUGAGAAUGCUAAUUAUUGUAGGGCGCUAGGAGGUGACACGUAUGAAUGCUUGAAUGGAAGGUGUUGUCGAAUAAACGGAUUAUGUAAUUCACAAGAAAUAGCUAUCGAUGGAGAUUGUUAUGCUAUGAGAAGGUUGGGAGAGAGGUGUUCAUUUUCAGCUCAAUGCCAGCCAAUGGGAUCUUCUGAAUGCUAUAAUGGAAUAUGCAGGCAAAGAACAGACGAUAACGACGAAGUGUGUUUGAAUUCAAACAAUAUAGUAGAAUACACGAAUGGAGUAAUGAAAAAUUGUAUGUAUUCUGAGUGUAGUUAUGGCUUUGGCUGUGAAUAUAGUCAAAUACUGCAGCAAUAUAUUUGUUGUGGAAAUAAUCUGCGAAAACAAUAUGAUUCUUCAUUAGGAGUAGCUCGAAUGUACCCACGCACUUCCAAACCUUUGCUAUGUUCUUCAACCAAUAAUUGCCUUUUUGAUGAUACUCCCAAUUGUGUGUUUUCCAGUCGAUACUCACAUUAUGUGUGCUGUUCUACUUUCAACUGUUAA